AUGUGGUGUUACGGCGUUGUGGCGCAUUGCGAGCACCCAAAGUGGCAUACGAGUUGCAUAUUCAAAAUUCAUAUUUUGCCAAUCCAACGAGAAGCCAAUGUGAUGGCAUAUGAAAUGAGAGUCACAAGGAACCAUUUUCACAUCAACAGCACACUUGUAAUUUCUUUUCAGUAUUGGCUGGUACUCUCUUGA